AGUAAAUCUGCAAGAAGGACAAUGUGACACUAGCCCAACCGUGAAAAAUAAAACAGGCACGGAGUUCCACGAGCAGUCGACAUUUGUCUUCAUCAGGAAGAGUCUUAUAUAACUUAUCUCUUCAUCAAAGGUUUUGCAAUGGCUCACGCAAGAUCGCUGGUUAUGGCUCAGGAGCCUGUCCGGUGUGAACUGUGUACCAUGUCCACAGGAGUGGCGAAGGUUUAUUGUAACACUUGCAACGUAAAGCUCUGUAAAUCCUGCAUGCCAAGUCACGUGUCGCAGGGUCAUAGGUCACAUGAUAUGAUUGAGUACGCGUAUCACGGUUCGAACAUGAUGUGCAAUAUUCAUUCAGGAAAAAAUUGCGAUAUGAGGUGUCAACAAUGCCAGAUCCCUGUUUGUAAAAGAUGCAUUAUAUCUGGACUCCACAAAAAUCACGAUUUCACGGAUAUUUCUGAUGAAUCGGGUGGUUUGGACUCUGUUGCAAUCAGCGAUUGUGAUAUUCCGCAAUCGUUCAAUUUUCUUCGCGAUCCAGUAGUUGUGUUGGAGUUUGAUUCAAACAGUGAAGAUUUAGAUCGCAUUGGUAUUUGUCAUCCAGACAAAAUAUGGGUAUCUUUUAUAUACGAAUGCACCAUAUCAUGUCUAGAUUUUUCCGGUGAGAUCAAAGAUAGUAUAAGUGUUACUUCUGGUGAAUAUCCAGCUGAUCUUUUCGUUACUCAUGAACAAGAACUUUAUUUCUGUGAUUGGAAAGACAGAACGAUCAACAAGCAGAAUCUGAAUUCAACAAACAGGGACAUUGAUGUGGUACUAAAAUUGGAGGAAUGGACGCCGCGCGCUUUUUGUGUUUCAAAAUCUGGUGACUUAUUGGUUUGUAUGACAGUUCACUAUAAUGACCAGUGCAAGAUCAUCCAAUAUAGCGGUAAAUCCAUUGUACAGGAAAUUCAAUUUGACGAAAAUGGAGACGCUAUUUUUCAUCACAAAGGAGGAGACAUCUUUUUAGCAGAAAAUGGAAAUGGUGAUAAAUGUGUUUCUCUACCUGCUCACAGGUCUGUUCAGGUGGUGAGCAAUGUCGGCGACUUCCGGUAUAGUUACCAUGGGGACACGGAUUCUUCGACUUCCAAUAAAUUUUCUCCGCACGGUAUAACUACAGACCGGCUUCAUCAAGUCUUAAUCGCAGAUUCCGAAAAUAAUCGAAUUCACUGUAUUGAUGUAGAUGGUCAUUUUAUGAAUUUUAUCUGCUGCGGACUGGUAGACCCAAGAGCAGUUCAAGUGAACACAAUUAACAACAAUCUGUAUGUUGGCGAAUUCAGAACGGGUAAAAUCAAGAUCAUCAAAUAUAUUCAAUGAAAGAAAAUUUUAUAACUUUACUGCUGUCGUCAAUACUUUUAAGGUUUUGUUGCAAUUUUCUUGUUAUGGAACAGAUAUGUUCAAUUAAAAUCGUGUUACUAUGCAUGACAUGUUUUCUUUGUAAAUACUAGUACCGAAGGCUUUUCCACAAAAUAAGCUAUGACUUGAGAUAAGUAAUUAAUCCCUCCCUACUAGUAUUUC